CUCUUUCCCCUUCAACAUAAUACACUGCUUCUGAAGAAACUAUGACCUUAUUAAGGGUUACGUCGUCCCCGCCAGCAGCUUCUCCUUCUACCUCUAAGACUGCCUCUCCCUUGUCACUAAAAAAGCACCAUAACCCCUACAGAGACACGGGGGAGUACGUCUUUAACAUGGUCGAAGAACUCACCAGAUACCUUGGCUCUAACUGUCGCAGCUGUGGAUCGAUCAGCGAGAAUCGAUGAAGGCUUCUUUCAAGUUGCAAAACCAUCAUUUCAUGAGUCCACUGUCGAUUUUAUGGCACAGUUACCGCAAGAACUAGCAUGUCAUAUUUUGAUGCAUCUCGACGACGUGCGUUCAUUAGUUUCCGCAUCUCUCGUUUCCAAGCGAUGGCAUCAUCUCUGUCGAGACAACUUGGUUUGGAAACGAAAAUAUACCUUACAAAGCUCCUGGAAGAAAACCCCGCAGUCCGCUGGCUGGGUCGACUACCGAGAUCUAUAUAUCCGACAAAUGCGAAUUGCAGACCGCUGGCGAAAGGGAGCUGUUACAACAUCAUAUCUGACAGGCCAUACUGACAGCAUAUAUUGUGUCCAAUUCGAUACCGAAAAAAUCGUAACCGGUAGUAGAGACACCACAAUCAAAUUAUGGAGCAUGGAAACACGAAAAUGUAUAAGAACCUUGAAUGGGCACGAUAAAAGUGUUCUAUGUUUGGAAUACGACAAAGAUAUCAUGAUCUCCGGAUCAUCCGACUGCACCAUCUUAGUAUGGAGUAUGGAGACUUUCAAGCCUCGCAAUAGAUUAAGAGGGCACAGCGCCGGAGUACUAGAUGUUUGUUUUGACGAAAAGUACAUUAUCAGUUGUUCCAAAGAUACCACCAUUCGAAUAUGGGACAAGGAGACUGGCAUCUCGCUUAGAACUCUGCAAGGCCAUCGUGGACCAGUGAAUGCUGUGCAAUUGCGUGAUAAUAGGCUCGUGUCAGGCUCCGGCGACGCCUUGAUUAAAAUGUGGAACACUGACACUGGCGAAUGCAUACGACAAUUCUCUGGCCAUGUCAGAGGUCUUGCCUGCGUUCAAUUUGAUGGAAAAAGAAUCGUCAGCGGCUCCAAUGACCAGUGCAUCAAAGUUUGGGAUGCUGAUACUGGCGAAUGCACCAUGACUUGUGAAGGUCAUACAGAUUUGGUCAGAGCCCUUCACUUUGAUGAUGAAAAGAUUGUGAGCGGCAGUUACGAUCAAAGUGUCCGCGUUUGGGAUAUUCGAACAGGUGCCUGUCUUUUAAAUUUCCAGAGUGGACAUUCAAGUUGGGUAUUUGACGUUAUGCUCAGUGCUACGAAAAUAGUCAGCGUUAGUCAAGAUAAAACUAUUCUUAUUAUGGACUUUGCCCAUGAUAUAGAUGUUAGAGGGAUUGAAUAAAGAUUUAAAAUGCGUACGCAAAGCCAUAAAUCUGGCAAAAUCCAAGCUGCAUAUCAUUAAAGGGUCUUAAAACGGGC